AACUUGUAAAUGAUGAUAUGGAAUUAAAUAUAGAAUUGAGAUAUGUUGUUACUUGAGAAUUAUAAAUAUAAAAUGAUGGUAAUUAUUAAUAAACAUAAUUAAGUAUGUAAAAGGAAUUAAGGUAAAAAAAGAAAAUAGUAGUGAAAAAUAAAAAGUUAUAGAAUUGUGAGAUAGCCUACCAAUAGAAAAAAGCAAGCAUCAAUUAGAUAAAUGAUUUUAUGAAGGUAGCUGUAAAUAAUGAGUUGAACAAAAAAGAUUUGGUGGAUUGUAAUAUAGAAAAUGAAAUUUAAUAAUAUAAAACAGGUUUUAAUUUAGGUGAUGAGUGAUUAUUUAAAUAUUUUUAAUUGUA